GAGCAGAGCGCCGUCGCUCGCGCACCCUAUAUUCAGUUCACGGCCGCUCUAUUAACGGACGUCUAUUUCGGCGCAUAAUAUUUCGAACGGUGCGGAGGAACGCUCAGUUUCGCGCGGGCAGGUGCGCGCAUCGAGGCCAGGAGAUGCGGCAGAGAGACGGUCGCCCCUGACGCCGGCAUGGAGCGCCGCCGGCCUUCGCGCCUCGAACUCGCCGAACCCAUGACCAAGACCGUGCGACGUCGGGAACGCCCGCGGGAACGAUGGCUGCUCACGCGCAAGACCUGGAAGUACAUGUCCGACGCGGGCCGCCGGCUGAUACCGGAUGGGGCCCAAAAUCGAUUGGAGGACGUGCCGCACCUGGAAGUCUACUUUCAGGAAGUGUGUCAGAAGGAGCCCCGGUUCCUGCUGUGGAGGAAGAGCUCCUACCCGGGCGUCCUGCCCAAGCCGCGUCGGAAGAAGCGCCCCCGAGGAGGCUCCGUGCGCGCGCGCUCGCCGUCGGAUGACGUGGCGCUUUCGAUAGCGCGGCCCAGCGAGCUGUACAUCCCACACACUUCGGGCGGCCGCUUCGAUAUCGCGAAGCUCCGACGUGAUUUUUUUGCGGCGCCGGCUCCGUCGUCGGCACCAGCCCCGCGGCCCUCGUCGUCCCUCAACAACGGGUGCUCGAACGCCUCGGAGGACGAGGGCGUGCUAGUGGAUCUUCUUAGGAAAUAUCUUAAAUUGGAGGACGAAAAGACUCCCGCGAAAGUCGCUGAAUCCGAGGAGCUCGUCAGUGCGCUGCGGAAUUAUCUGAAGAAGCACUCGGACAGGCGGCCGGCCGACUCGGACUCGGACCCGACCCAAAGAAUAUUGCGGGAGCACCUCAGUAGGUAUCACAGUGGUUCGUCCAACAGAGACAAUAUCGUGCAAGAUUUACUGAGCGAUAGAAAUUCGUUGAGAAGUUUGUACCAUGACCUCCGCAAGCCGAAGCCGUACAGGGGUGGUCGGAGCGGAGGCUAUGGCGGCGGAGGCGGCUACGGGUCGAGCGGUGUCGGUGUGCCGAGCCCCCGGAGCGGGCUGCGGAGCAGAGUUACUAGUAGUGUUAAUUUUAAUGAUAAUUAUUCACACGGAUCUCCAAAAUCUCCCCCGCCGCUCAUCGAAGUGUUCGGGGAGUCUCUGGAGGAGCGGCUCGUCGACGCCACGACGCAGACGCUCCCCAUACCCGAGGAGGUUCUCGCGGAAAUCGAAAGGCAGUACAGGGAGAAGGUCGAGUCGGCGACGGCCCCCACGAGCCCGACCAGCCCCCCCAACGAGAGGCGGCCCCGCCGGCGCUCCAGCGUCGACCACGACGACGUGUCCCAGUCGGUCAGCGACACGAUCAAGAGGUACCUGAGAAUGGCGCGGAAGAAGAGCGUCGACGCCGAAAAGACUGACCGCUUCAAGCGCAUAAACUACGAUAAGAAUCUCCGGAACAUCAAGCCGCGGCCGCCGAACGAGGUGGAUGACGACGGCUUCCAUAAGGGCUGCCAGACCGACGAGGCCUGGAUCACGUCGUACCGGGAUAUGCAGUUCGCGUCAGUGGCGUCGACGCCGACGUCCCCGCUGUCGCCGACUCAGUCGCACUCGUUCCUAUCGACGUUGCUAGGCAAAAAUGCAACAGUGUCCGCUCCCUCAGGUGCCAUGCAGAAGUCCCGGUCGUCAAGCAGCGUGGUGCAGAGCGUGGGGAAGCGGCUGUGGCGCACCCGCAGCCGCUCCUCCAGCCGCGCCGUCGCCACUUGGACGCCUCAGGGCAGUUGUGUCUGGGCAGACGGCGCCGGGCGGCAGGUGCGGCUCGCAGACACCUCGCUGUUGUCGCUGAGCGAGGUGGAGCGGCGUGCGCUGCAGCAGGCCGCGCUGGCCAGGCUCAAGGAGCUCCAUCUGGGGACUAUCAUCAAGAUACCUGAAGAGAAUGCGACUGCUGUGACGACGAAACCAAAGAGAAGAGCUCACUUGCUGAAGAGGAAGGCGCUUACCACCAGCUUCUUCGACCAAAGCAGAACCAAAGAUGGGGAUAAAGAUAAAGAGUGUUCGGGCAGCGUGUUCGGUGUGCCGCUGACGCAGUGCGUGGAGGCGGAGCGGGCGCUGCGGAGACAGCACGGCGGGUCCCGGGUCUCGCUCGCCUCGCUCUCGGGACUCGAGAAGGGGGAUGAUAGCGAUACCUGUGACUCGGGCGAGUGUCUGGGGCUGGAGGACGGCGAGGGGUGCCCCAAGGUGCCGAAGAUAGUGUCGGCGUGCCUGGCCCACCUGCGCCGACACGGCCUGCGGACGAGGGGCCUCUUCCGCGUCUCGGCGUCUAUCAAGAGAGUUAGACAGCUUCGAGAGGAGUGGGAGAGCGGCGUGGAGUCGGCGCUGGACGGGGCGGUGUGUCCGCACGACGUGGCUACGCUGCUCAAGGAGUUCCUACGCGACCUGCCCGACCCCCUGCUGUGCAGGGACCUUUACCCCGCGUUCUUAUCCACACAAAAAAUUCGCAACCCCAAGCUGCAGUGGGAGGCGCUGCGGCUGCUGGUGCACCUGCUGCCGGCGGCGCACCGGGACACGCUGCACGCGCUGCUCUCCUUCCUCUCCCUCCUCGCCUCGCACUGCGCGGACGACGUUCAAGCCUCCAAGGAGGGAAACAUGAUGAACGCCGCGAAUAUAGCCACGAUAUUCGCGCCCAAUAUCCUCCACAAGAAUAAAGGGAAUGAAGCUGCAGGGUCGGAGCAGUUGUCGGAGCGCACGGACGUGAUCGACGUGGUGCGCACGCUGGUGGAGCGGCAGGCGGAGCUGUGGACGCUGCCCGCUGAGCUGCUGCACGAGGCCUACGUGCACCUCGCGCACUCCGCGCCCGCGCAGCUCGACGCGCUGCUGCUGCACCGCGCCGAUUGUGCAGCCGAAAGCGUGAGCCCCACUUCGGACUCCAAGCGGGUUUGGACUCGCGAGGCGCUCCUCCACACAGACACCGCCACGCAGUUGCUGAUGAAUCGGGAACUUCUGCAUAACUACAAUUCCACCGUACUCACGGCACGAAGUAGUGGUACGCAAGAUUCUAACGAUUCUGCCAGUGACUAUAAUGAGACGGGUGUGACGUCAGAGGACGAGUGCGUGAUCACGGCGUCGCUGCGCAUCCCGGGCGUGCGAGCGCGGCGCCGAUCCACGUCGGGCUCGAGCUCGGGCAAGCGCGACUCGGCAGUGGGCUCCUCCGCGCCCUCCCCCUCCCCCGCCUCCUCCACCUCGCCGCCCGCCUCACCGCCGCACGCGCCGCCCAGGCUCGUCGCACUCGGCAGAGAACGGAUCACGUCGGACGCGCGUGCAGUAGCGGUGCGGCAACACGACGAGAGCGUCACGCGCUCGAGGACCACCAGGUCGCACGAGCAGAUCAGACAUGAACCAGUCAAGAGCGAAACCAGGCUGCGGAGAGACGAGAGGAGAGAGGACAACCUGAGGAGAGACGCCGUAAAGAAAGAAGAUUUAAAUAAGGAGAAAAGAACGAUAGAGGCUCCGCUCUAUUUUAAGAGAGGUGAACUCAUAUCGAGCACGUGGAACAGGCCCGCAUGACAUACUGUAAACUCUGCUUUUAUACAUAAACGUCUAUUUAUCAUA